AUGGCAAAGGACUCGCCCGGCCCGACGGCAGCGGCGCUGGAGGAGCAGAGGCGGGAGCUGGAGAAGCUGCGGGCGGAGCUGGAGGCGGAGCGGGCGCGCGGGCGGGCCGAGCGGCGGCGCUUCGCGGCCAAGACGCGCCAGCUGCGGGAGGAAGCCGAGCGGGAGCGCCAGCAGCUGGCGGACCAGCUGCGCUCCAAGUGGGAGGCGCAGCGCAUCCGGGAGCUGCGGCAGCUGCAGGAGGCCAUGCUGCGGGAGCGCGAGGCCGAGAUCCGGCAGCUGCUGCGCUGGAAGGAGGCCGAGCUGCGGCAGCUGCAGCAGCUGCUGCACCGCGAGCGCGAUGGCGUCGUGCGCCAGGCCCGGGAGCUGCAGCGCCGGCUGGCGGAGGAGCUGGUCAACCGCGGCUACUGCGGCCGCCCGGCGGCGCCCGACGGGGCGGCCGCGCGGUGCCGCUGUCGCCUGCAGGAGGUGCUGUCGCAGCUGCGCUGGGAGACCGACGGCGAGCAGGCCGCGCGCAUCCGCCACCUGCAGGCGGCACUCGACGUGGAGCGCCAGCUCUUCCUCAAGUACAUCCUGGAGCACUUCCACUGGUACCCCGCUUUGCCCGAGCCCCCCGACUCCCAGGCCGGGCGUUCCUCCAAGGAGCCGCGCCCCGAGACUUCCCGCGCCCCUCGCCGCCCCCCAGAGUCCACCUGUGGGCUUGGAUCAGCCGAGAACUCGAGCACAGGCGCCCGCAUCCGCUCCCGCUCCCUCGACCUGGUGCGGGAGGGUUGCCCCAAAUUUCCCGACGGCCUCACCCCUACGCGUGCCAGUUCCCUCGACUCCCUGGCUCCAGCGCGUUCCCGCUCGCUCGACGCCACCCAGAGUCACCCUAAGGCCCCCGAACCAGAGAAGCGGGCCUCCUCGCCAGACGUUUCCACCCCGGGCUCCCCAAGCCCUCAGCCGCCAGCGACGGCGCCCAGGAAACCUAGCCAGCCGUGGGUAGGAGAAGGCGCGGAGAGCCAGCCCUGCCAGGCCCUGACCCCCUUGAACUCCGAUCGGGACUACCACGAGCUGGUGAAGCAGAACUCGGAGCUGGCCGAGGCAUUGCAGGUGCUGGCGCGGCGCUGCUCGGGCCUGCGCGAGGAGAACAUCCAGCUGCGGCGCGCUGGCUUCCCCGACGAGGGGGACGAGAAGGUCAAGAGGCUCAAGGUGAAGAACGCCGAGCUGACCGGCCUGGCGCGGCGCCUGGAGGACCGGGCCCGCAAGCUGCAGGAAACCAACCUGCGGGCCCUGAGCGCGCCGGUGCCGGGCGAGAGCCGCGCCGGCCUGGAGCUGUGCCAGGCCCUCGCCCGCCAGCGCUCCCGGGUCCUGGCGGAGCACGCGAGCGAGCUGCUGGCCAAAGACAAGCAGAUCGAAGAGCUGCGGCAGGAGUGCCACCUGCUGCGGGCGCGCGUCGCUCCGGGCCUCUGCAGCGCCCCGCUCCCUGGAGGGGGCGCCCCCGGCGCUCAGUGGCUCCGCGUGGGCGACUUGGACCGGCUGCUGCGCGAGUCCCAGCGGGAGGUGCUGCGCCUGCAGAAGCAGUUGACGCUGCAGCCGGGCCCGGGAGGCGGCCAGGGCGCACCCUGCGAGGAGGCGCGGCGCCAGGUGCAGGCGCUGGAGCACGAGCUGGGGGCGCGGCGGCGCGAGUGCCAGGAGCUGGGCGCGCAGGCGGCGGCGGCGCGGCGGCGCGGCGAGGAGGCCGAGACGCAGCUGCAGGCGGCGCUGCGCGAGGGGGCCUGGCUGGCCGAGGAGAACGCGCGGCUGCAGGCCCAGGCCGACUGGGUGCAGAAAGUGGCCGCCGAGAACAGCGACGUGCGCGGGCAGCUGGAGCGCGCGUGCCAGGAGCGCGACGCCGCCGGCCUGCUGGCGGAGCAGCUGCUGCAAGAGGCAGCGCGGGGACAGGACAGGCAGCAGCAGCUGCAGCGCGACCUGCAGAAGGCCCUGCUUGAUCUCCAGACUGCCCGGGAGGAGAUGCGGGCACUGCAGUGCCAGACUGGCCGCCCACCCGAGGAGCCCCCAGAGGCCACCCAGGGUCCCCAGUCCCGAGCCAGGGGCAGCAGAAGGCCGGAGCCCCAGCCGGGGCCUGAAGACCAAACACUCUCCCAGCAAGAGAAGAAGGAAGCCUCCCUAUCUAAAAAUCCGGUUGCCCUCGGGGAGCCAGACAGUGCCCCCCAAGUGCCAGCCGGGGUCCCUGACAGCCAGCCUCCAGAUUCCGGGCCCCCGGCCAAGAAAAUCAGCUCCCAGUCCACAUCCUCUUCGGAUAGGGAGUCUGCCUGGGCCACGGUGCCAUCCUACUCUGCUCCGGACAUGGACACGGCAAGCGAGAUGGACGAUUUGGAGCCUGACAGUGUGACCCCAGUCCCGGAAACAGGGGGUUCCGAGGCCCCCGCCGCCCCCAAGCUCAAGAUCUUCCUGGCUCGGUAUAGCUACAACCCGUUUGAAGGACCCAACGAGCAGCCAGAGCACGAACUGCCCCUCACAGUGGGGGACUACGUGUAUGUCUUUGGGGACAUGGACGAGGAUGGCUUCUACCAGGGAGAGCUUGAGGAUGGCCGGCGGGGGCUGGUGCCCUCCAACCUGGUGGAGCAGAUUCCAGACAGCGACGUCCUGGGCUGCCUCGCGGCCAAAUCCCCCGAUCCCGGCCCCACUCUGCUCCCAGCCGGGCAGGGCCAAGCAUCCAAGGAAGACACCCGUGCAAGCUUGUCACCCGGAGAAGCCCAGGACGCGGUGGACAGGGGAACAGGCCAGACUGCGAGGGCAGCCUCCGAGACCGAAGUGUCUCUGGAGAUCUUGGAUUCCAAGACGAACGGCUGCUGGCUGGGCUCGCUGCGGAGCGUGGGGGAGCCAGACUUCUCCAGCCCGUUUCUCGGGGCCAAGGGGCCCCUCUGCGUGGCCCACAUGCAGCUCUGCCUGCAGAGCAUUGCGGCGACAUCGGCUGAGAUCUCCUGGGUCUUUGGCAGCAGCAGCCACCCCCACGUGGUGUACCUGGACGGCCGGGAGCAUGGCCUGUCGCCGGCGGGUGCGAGCAGCUACACCUUCCACCACCUGCUUCCCGGCACCCGUUACCAAGCACGGGUGGAGACACGGCUGCCCUGGGACUCACGGCAGGUGCCCUGGGACCCCACAUCCUCCACCCUCACCUUCGCCACGCCUUUGGCGGGGCCCCCCGACCCUCCGCUGGACGUGCUGGUGGAGCGCCACGCCUCCCCGGGCCACCUGGUGGUCAGCUGGCUCCCGGUGACCAUCGACUCGGCCGGCUCCUCCAACGGAGUCCAGGUCACCGGCUACGCCGUGUACGCCGAUGGGCUCAAGGUGGCCCAGGUGGCCGACGCCACCGCCGGGAGCCUCCUGUUGGAAUUUUCCCAGCUGCGGGUGCCCCUGAUGUGCCCGGAGGUCUCGGUGAGAACCAUGUCGCUCUGCGGUGAGUCCCUGGAUUCCGUGCCGGCCCAGAUCCCCGAGGACUGCUUCACCUGUCAGCAACGGCCCGGGACGGCCCCCUCCGGCUACACCUGCGGCGACCCGUCCACCUGCGGAGUCACCUUCCCCGUCAGCCCCGAGAGGCUGGCGUUGGCUCCCCCGAGCGCCAAGGCCAGCUCCCAUGCCCUGGAAAGCUGCAGGGAGCCCCGGACGGAGUUUCUAGAAGUGUUCCCUGCAGAAGUCCCAAGGGGGUGGCCCCCGGUGCGCAGCCUAAGUUCAGAAGGAGAGUGCUGGAGUUCGGGGCUCAGAGGCCCAGCCCAGGGGCCCGGAGAGGCCCAGAAGUUCUGCGGAAAGAACCUCCCGGGCCUCGGGCCAUCUGUCCCCAGUGUCCAGGCUGAAGUGGAAGAAAACUGCACCGGGGAUGCAGGCACCAGCCAAAGCCCCGCUCCGGGACUUGUCUGUCUGUGCCCCGCUUGCGAGCCUGGGAAGGAACCGUGUCGGGGAAAGGCAUCUCUUAGGCACAAGCAAGAUGCCCAAGUGUUUGACAAUCCCCAGCUGCAUGCCAGCCGGAGAUACGCAUCCGAGUGCUGGGACUUUUUGGAGGAGGAAGAGGAGGAGGAGGAAGAGGCAGCUGCAGGCUUUGGUCCAUGGGGCAGAGAGAGGCCGGAGCAGAGGAAGGGACUCGGGACCCAGAGCAGGCGAGGCCAGGGCCUGGAGGGCAAGAGGGAGUGCCAGUGCCACCAGCCCUGCUCGCUGCCCUGUCCUGCUCCUUCCGGCAAAGUCACCGGCACGCCCUGGUGUGGCCCUGCGUGGCUGGAGAAGGGGGCAGGGGCUCCUGCGGCCAGGGUUUUUGUGGCUCUCUUCGAUUACGAUCCCCUGGCCAUGUCUGCCAACCCCAAGGCUGCAGAGGAGGAGCUUGCCUUCCGGAAGGGGCAGCUGCUGAGAGUGUGGGGCUCCCAGGACCCCAGCGGCUGCUACCGCGGCGAGUGCCAUGGCCGGGUGGGCAACAUCCCUGGGCACCUGGUGGCCGAGGUGGAGACAGGCCCAGAACGGACCGACGGCAGGUGGCAUUUGCCGGCUCCCGGCUGCCCACUGCCCUCGGAGGUCCACCCUGAGGACUUGAUGGGGCUUGCCAGCCCCCAGGGCUCCUUUCCCAGGCCCCUGGAAAACCCCAGGAGACCCCCAGCAGCGUCCCCAAAGACCAGGGUGAUGGCUCUGGACUACAACCCCAGAGACAGGCAAGCGGGGAUCCAGGCAAAGGGCAGUUUGGUGCUAAGGGUGGGGAACAUCACGGUCGACAGACUCAGGGAUCAAGAGCGGUUCUAUUGUGAGGAGUCGGGGGGCAGCCGGGGCCUGGUUCCGGUCCACCUGCUGGAUCGCUUGCCCCCCCACGAAGAGUGAGCCCUGAGAGCAGCCUCUGACCAGCCCCUCGUCCCGUCCAGCCAGAGGGGAAAGCCAACCCUCCGUGAGUAGCAUCUUCUCUACGCACCACCGUCUCAAAACCAACGGC